CUAGUUUUUGUAAGCCUCAUCUUUCAAACAUGGACAAUGACUACAUAACGCUGCAGAAGCACACUGAUUCAAUUUACACAUCGAUAGACAUAACCCGUAAUUGUCAUUCUAAGGAUCAGCAAGUAGAUAAAACAUCUAAGGAGACUCCUGUAACCAAACAGUGGCCUAAGAUUCUGCUUACAAUAUUACUAAUUUUGUCCCUGGCAGCCAAUGUAGUUCUAGCAGUGUUCUUGAUAUUUAAAAAAACUGAGCUGCAUAUUCCUGCAGAUUUUCAAAUCUCUAAUGAGCUGUUUUUAAGCAAACCAACUUUGGAGCACUGCAGUCAUUUAAAUAACUCAUCAUUAGAAUGUACAGCCUGCCCAGAGGGCUGGCUGCAACACAACAAGAAGUGUUAUUUCUUCUCAACUGAUUCAAUGAACUGGACUGCCAGCCGGGAUUUUUGUAUUACACUAGGAGGACAUCUGGUUAUAAUAGAAAGCAACGCAGAGCAGAAAUUUUUAGAGACUGUGUUGAGAAGCAAAGAAGGUCAGCGAUUAUCAUAUUGGAUUGGGCUGAAUGAUAUUAUUACAGAAGGUGCCUGGUACUGGGUGAACAACGCACCACUUGACAGAAGCAUAACAUUUUGGGGAAAAACAUUUGUCCAACAGCCUGAAGACUGGAAAGGUGAAAAUAAAUCUGGAGAGGACUGUGUAAAACUGUUUAAAUAUUCUUCUUCAACUGAGUGGCAUGACGACUCCUGCGAAAAAGAGCAUACAAAUGUGUGUGAAACAGUGGCAGGAAUACAAAAGAUAUACAUGUAAAAUUCAAACUUACUGCAUAAUAGCAGUAUUUACAGACAUCUAGAUAUAUUGUACACUUUGCUUCUACCUGAACAAGUAAUAGAGCAUGAACAAGGAAUUCUCUUUUAUGUUUUAGAGGUAAAGUUUUUUAGAGCAAAAUAUAGCUAUUCCUUUUUCCGCCCAUGUUAAUGUUGCAGCGAGUGAGAACCUAUUGUGUACUUUAUCAACAGAAACAAAAGGAAUCAGUUUAGCUAGGUAAUCAACACAUAGACUUUAACUAAAACAAGCAUUCGCUUAACCACACAAAAUAACAAAACUAAUGAAAACACAAGAAAGUAGUUACACCUAAAGGGAAUUAAUAAAUUUGCAUGAAAAUUUGCAUGAGUAAUCAGCAUGACCUGGCAUGGAAAUAAUUAUGUUGGCAUGUUUGUUAUGCCCUCAACAGCCUGCCAUUAAAAAAAAUAUAUUGUAAUAAGAGUUGAUUUAUGGUGGCCUCAAUGACACAUACUACCACUGUAGUACAGUCAAGACUGCCUCAGUGCAGAAUGCUGGCAACAAUAAGGACCAUAAGGCUUUCAUAGCUAUAUUAGGAUUGAUCUAUUAGAUCAAAGAACCAAUACCAUGGGAUGAUUGAUAGAUUAAGUUUUAGAAUAGCAUAAUAAACAGAUCAGCAUUUUCUAGGAUAUAAAAAGUUAGUUUUCCUCCAUGGAUCACUAUGUGACAUCUGAAUCAUAAGCCACUGACUUGCCGUAAAGGAUACUUUAUGUCACCUGCUAGUCACCAUUUACCACUGCUAAAUUAAUCUAGACUGCCACUCAACCUGUGCAGUCUGGAGUGUCCUAUAAUUGCUUAGAUUAGCCGCAGGUUAUCCUCAGUGAAGAGACCGCUCACUUAUGGCCGAUGACUGAUGAAUUUAAACAUAAAGACAUACUGUAGAAUUCCUUGGAUGAAAAGAGAACAUUCAGCAUUACAUAUUUAAUCUUUUCUUAUUUAUUUAAUGUUUCCAAAAUUAUCACAAACAAUCCCAAGAGCUUGCUUUAAGCUACACUACUUGGUAAACUCCUACAUUCCCUGUACAGUAUCUGCAUAUCACUCUGAGGAAAGUAUUUCUUAAUAUUUAUGAGAAAUUUAACUGGUCAUCUUUUAGUAACCAGUAAAUGGUAACCAUGUGUUCUCAAUAAACAACCAAUUUUGCAGUAACAGCUGAUAUCCACUCCUCAUAGUUCUUUCUGUAAUAACUUCUCUUAAUAUUACUUACAAGUGAUAAGCUCCUUCAAGAGCUCAUACACCACAAUCCUAGUAUUAGUCUAGAAGCAGUUGUAUGGAUUUACCAGAGUAUUGUUAUUGUUCAUAUUGCAAUAAUUAAUUACAUUCAUUUGGAUAUUCCACACUUCCCAUUUGCCAUCAAAGGGCUGUAUACAUGUAUGAAUAUGUUUGAAAUAAACAACAAAGAAAGAAUAAAAAAUAAAACUAUUGCUGAAGGAGCAGAUAUAGAAUAUUAUUGAAUUCUGUUCCAUAUAGUCAAUCCCCUGCAUGCAAAAUCCUAUUUGGUUCAUAAGGAAAGUGUUCAAAAAUAUAUGUUUCCAUAUUAUUAAACAAGAAAGGGCUGAUGACACUGUUAUGAUGAGUUCCAUUUAUACUAUAGGCUCAGCUGGACAAUUUUUAUCUUUUUAAAAUACUGGACCCUAAUGAAGUGAUUAUUAAUGCAAAAUGUACAACUUGUGAUCAAUAGUGUAGAUGAUUACACUAGUGGUGUACAAUUUAUUCUUAUUUGUAUAUUUCUCAUGAGCAACAUCCCAAAACUAUUGCAAUUAUUAUUUUGUGGUUAGAUUAACUAAACUAACACUUACAAUUUCCAUGGACCUGAGCAUAGUUUGCACUUUGUAUAUUUUCCCCCACCGCUGAGCAUUUAAUAAGUGUCAAAGUAUUUUGUUUUUUAUGAUCAAUGGUUUGACCAAAUUAUUAUUUUAGUCAAUCAUAUAACAAGAAAGCAUCCCACUAUCUCACAUUUUUAACAUAUUGUAUAUCUGAUGUGCUGUAUGCUGCUAUUUCCACAAAAAUGAAUGCAAGAUUGGAAUAUUGUAAAUGCUAAGUUUAAUCUUGGAAAAGAAAAAAAAAGUGUCAUUUGCUUUCUGUCAAAACUUGUUAAAAUAUCUUUAAUUCCAAAUACUGUCUGCCAUAUGCUGUUUGACAACAGAAAAAUAAAAAUAAGGUAAAGUAAA